AUGCCUUCGUUACAGACAAUUAUUGUUAAUGAACCUGAUGGAAUUACAUUAUUUAAAAUAUUAAUACCUCAUGAAAAUCUUCGUUAUAUUGAUAUUGUAGUAGAAACAAUCGAUGAUUUAUAUGUAUUACUUGAUGGACUUGUACCUAACGUACAAAAAAUGAUUAUACAAUUAAGUCAACCACGUAUACUUUCUUAUAUUUGGCCAGAAAGUUUACUAUCAUGUCUUCGAUUAACUGAAUUUACAUUAUUAGAUUCUUCUAUUGAAUUAAAUAUUGAUAAUAUUAAAUCUAUUCUUCCUUUUAUGCCAAAUUUAAUCAAAUUAACAUUAAGUAUUCGUGAUACACCUGAUCCAAUAUUUUGUCAUGGUCCGUAUUUAGAAUCAAUAUUGAAUGAAUAUUUACCACAACUUCGUCAAUUUGAUUAUACAAUGACACAUAGAUCUGUUGAUCAAAUCUUAAUUGACGAUUUUACUCAAUGGUCAAUGCGUUUUGUUUUCAAUGAAAAUAAAGAUUUUAAAUGGGUUCAUAUAUAUUCAUUACCAUGGCCUUCAAAUAAAGAUGAUAAAAGACAAUUACCUAUUGUUAAAGGUGAAUAUAAUACAGAUGUUAAAAUAUUUGAAUGGAUAGAUCAUGUAUUGAUAACAAAAUCAAGUGAUUUAAUUCAAUUGAAGACAUGUUUUCAUCGAGUACGUAAGAUAACAAUUGAUAUAUCAAUUGAUAUUGCACUACCUGAACGUAUUCGUAAAAUAAUUUUUACAAAACCUCUUUUUACAAGUGCAACAAAUAUAAUAGUUCAACCUUUUGUUCGUCAUUUAGUUAUUCAAUAUCGUUUAACUGAUGCAGAAGAAAUCUCAAAUUUAGCUCAUCAAUUUCCUUAUGUUAAAUAUUUAGAAUUAUUAUUUCCAUCAAAUGAAAAUUUAUUUCUUGCGUGCUUUCAGACAUUAUUUAGUGUCUAUGAUUAUAUUAAUGCUAAGCGUCGAUUUUGGUCUUAUUUAAUAAGUUUUUCAACAAGAUUCUUUUAUGAUGGACUAGAUAAAAAUUUAACUAACCUUGAUAUUCAUUAUUGGCUUACUCGAAAUACUGACCUAAAAUUUAUUAAACGUCAGAUUUGUGUUAAUUGUUCUAAUUCAAUAUUAUCGAUUUGGUUUUGA